AUGAGUGAAGAAAAUUCUAAAUAUUCCAUACAGAACACCUUAAGAUGGAUUUGGAGAAACAAAUUAAUAAUUUUUCUAUCUCUUUUAUCAUUUUCCCUGUCCAUUUCUACCUGGACAUUAUCAAGUCAUGGAAAUAAUAUAAACAGCGCACUGCAAACCUGUAGAAGCAGCUUGACUGAGGCAGUGAUAGCAGCAGCAACUUGUGCCGCCAGCGCAACAACUGAAUCAGCAACGAACCCUAUUUCAUCAGAAAAAUCAGCAAAUACAAGUCCUGGACCAGAAAAUACUCCAUCGGAUGAAGAGAACGAUAGCUACACGGUAAAUGAAUACUUUAAAUAG